GUGUUGCUGUCAUGCCCAGUCAUGUCAUUUGUGAGUUUUGUUCGAUUGGCCGUCAUUGAGUUUUACGACGAAUUUCGUCCUUUUGUAAUGAACUAGGACAUUUGCUUUAAAUUGGUAUUUUAUAUAAACAAACUCAAUGCAAUAACUAUGAAUUAAAUUGUAAGGAGUUCGCAAGUAAAACUAAUUGUAUCAAUCGCUCUGAAUCCCACGGAGAUUAGAACUCUAAUCACGUCGUAUGUACUGAAUAACAUUGGCCUCAAGAUCUGUGAUGGAAACGUACUUCACCACCACUUCUAGACGGAAAGAAUCAGCUGAAGAAGGCUAUAAAUGAUUUAAUCGGCAGCGCAACUUUUGUGGAACACGAAGAAGAGGAGAGGUGAUCGUCGUUAGACGGUUUUAUAUGCGCGUGACGGUGACAUGAGCACAAACAACAAGCGGCGCGGAGCUAGCGGUUCCAGUUGUUCUGUCCCUGGGGUGCCCGCUCUCGUGAACGCGCCGACCGCCAUGUCCGCCGACCUCGCCUCGCUGUUCGAGUGCCCCGUGUGCUUUGACUAUGUGUUGCCGCCGAUACUGCAAUGCCAGAGCGGGCACCUGGUGUGCUCUAGCUGCCGUCCCAAGCUGUCCUGUUGCCCGACGUGCCGCGGUCCACUCGGCAACAUCCGCAACCUCGCGAUGGAGAAGGUCGCCAGCAAUGUUAUGUUCCCAUGUAAACACUCCAACACUGGCUGCACUGUCACGCUCGUGCACACGGAGAAGGCGGAGCAUGAAGAGGCUUGCGAGUUCAGGCCUUACUCAUGCCCCUGCCCCGGUGCAUCCUGCAAGUGGCAAGGUGGCCUUGACCAAGUUAUGCCACACCUUAUGAUGUCACACAAAAGUAUUACUACUCUUCAGGGUGAGGAUAUAGUGUUUCUAGCUACAGAUAUAAAUCUCCCUGGAGCAGUGGAUUGGGUAAUGAUGCAGUCCUGUUUUAAUCACCAUUUUAUGUUAGUUCUUGAAAAACAAGAGAAGUUUGAUGGGCAUCAACAAUUCUUUGCCAUUGUGCAACUUAUAGGAUCUCGGAAAGAAGCAGAGAACUUUGCUUACAGGCUUGAACUAAAUGGUCAUCGAAGGAGACUCACAUGGGAAGCCAUGCCCCGCUCUAUACAUGAAGGAGUGUCCUCAGCCAUUAUGAAUUCAGAUUGUCUUGUGUUUGACACGUCUCUUGCACAACUGUUUGCGGAUAAUGGAAACCUCGGAAUAAAUGUCACAAUAUCCAUUGCCUAAUCAUUACCACAUUGUUAUUAUUUAUAGUGCAGUAACCAAGUGGCUUUCAUUGGCUGUUAACAAUAAUCUAAUUAUAUUUUCAUGUCAAUGGAGGGUUUACCACACUGAAAUAGUGAUGAUAUACAUAUAAUAUAGUAAAUAUAUAUAGAAAUAUUUCAAUUAAAAGAAAUCCCUAUUUUUGUUACAGUUUGUGGUGUUUGAGAAGUAAUUUUGACUUGACAUGUUUUGUAUUGAAUUUAUGGAAUAAUCAACAUCAAAGUAAGCCAAAAAUACUGUUUUUUUUUUUCUCAAUACUUUGUAAAUGUGUGUUCAACUUAGGGUUUAAGUAGUGGAAAGUUGAAUUCUCAGAGUGAAUGAAUAAAUUCAUUCUGGAAUUGCCUUGUCAGCAUAGUUUAUAAUGAAAUUAUGACCUCUCUCGAGAGAAAGUGAUUAUUUUAUUCCAAACAUUGAACAAAUUUGUACUAACAUAAAUAUUGUAAUCAUAUGUAUAUAGGAGCGUAAACAUUUGAUGUUAAGUGAGUGAUGUUGCUUUGUGGACUUAGAGUGCUGGCUUCAGUAAGGUCACAAUGCGGUGACACCCAAGGCACUCGCACUAACCAGGUCCAUCACCAGAUAGUCUUGAGUCUCAUGCAACUUUCUAGCCUAUAGUUGUGCAGCACUACAGUGCUCACCACUGCCUCACUUAGUGCUGUUUAGAGUCGUAAAUUAGUGUAUGCAUGCAAAAUCUUAACACAAUGUUACAAGAUUAUUGUGCAAAACUAACUCAACUUGCAUGAAUACUUACUUACAAGGAUAGUAAACAGUAAAGUCUGAUAUAAUGCAAUAUUUGCACAGAAAUUAUUUUGACUACCUAUCAAUAAGUACGUACAAAAUAUAGAACCAAACUGUCUACAUGAUGUGCACAUAAGAUCUCACUUUAUUGAAUAUUGGUACUGUGUUAUCUUGACAUGUUUUAUGUGAAAUUCAUUUUCUGCCAGUACCUGACUGCCUGACUUAUGAAGUAGAAUUAUUAUAUAAUAUUUAGUGCUCUUGGGGUUGAAACAUGUCACUGAAUAUAGAGAAACUCUUCUCACCAUUAUCUUGAAUUUAUUCUAUAAGUUGUGUUUAGUAUUUUAUACAUUAUUCACAGUGGCGAGCAAAUAAAUAGCACCAUCCUUGAUAGUGUAAGUUUUUCACUAUAAGUGUGAUUUAUAAAUUUGCAACUUGUGUAGUAUAUAAGAAGCAUAUUUCUUGUAUUAAUCAGUCUGCUAUGCCAUUAAAGAUAGUGUCCUAAACCUGAAUGGUUUGGAAUAAUGUUUACGGACUUGCCAAGUUUAUAUUGAGAAACUAGAAGGAAAACUUAGAAAAUCGACGGCUAAUUAAUUGCUCUCCAGUGCAUGUAGCUACCAUUUUAAGUUUGUUUUCUGAGAACAAUAGCUCAAGAUUACCAGAAUAUAUUGUUUUCUAUGUCAUGACUGUUAUAGUUAAUGAAUAUUUUAGGUAACUGUAAUUUCGUUAGUUUUAGCUUCAUUUAUUUAUACAAUCCGUUACUUAAUUGUGUAGUUUUAGUUGCCUCAUCAAUAUCACUUCGCAACUGUGGUACGAACGCGACGGCGAUCGUAGUUUUAUUAUUUAAAUCUCUUCUAUAUCUAAGAAUAAACUGAUAAAUUUUAUGAAAAAUUCUAGUUGAAAUAAAUUUUGUAAUGUA